GAUCUUUUCAAGUAGCCGGAGCAUCAGAUUCGUUUUCUCAGGGAACAUAGAUAUAAAUAACAUCUUUUAUUUAUCCAUAUUCCUAUUCUUGUUCCUGCCUGCCUAUCAUUUUAUUUGAAAUAUUAAUAUGAAAGGAAUCAACUCGGUUUGCUCUUCCCAAGCGGCCACCGCAAUCUGCUUCUCAAUGGAAGCGUACGGCACGAGCAUUCAACUCGGCGGCGGCCGAGCAAUCGACCGCUUCAACCCCAUCAUCACAGACUCCAGGCGUCGAACAGAGGCGGUCCCAGCGGACAUCCAUACGUCCAGCAGGAAGGAUGAUAAGAGAGGAAAGAAGAAGAAGGAGGAGGAGCAGAAGAAGCAUUGCAGCAAGCCGGUCGGCGGCGGAAGUGGUGGGUGGAGUUGCGCGCAGCCGGGUGACUUUGUGACGCCAUCUUCUUCUCGGUACCUUUUGAAUGACGAAGAAAAAUAUAGCUCUGAGCCCUUCUCCUCUUCAUCUUUUCACCCUCCUGCCUCCGCUUCCACCAAUAAGGUGGUUGUGGUUCUCAGAGUUUCACUUCAUUGCAGAGGGUGUGAGAAGAAAAUGAGAAAACACAUCUCCAAAAUGCAAGGUAUGCCCCAGGCCCAGUCCCCACCCGUAACGGGUGUCGUCUUUCAGCAUAGACUUUGUAGCGAAGAAGGUGACAGUGGUGGGAGAUGUAACGCCAUUAGGAGUUCUAGCAAGCAUAUCAAAGGUAAAGACUGCACAGCUCUGGGCACCCCCACUUUGCCUAACCUAGCAUGCCACCGCAUAUGCAUACUAAAGACUAGACCAGCUUCAUUAUGCCAUGCCAUGCCAUGCCAUGCCAGUCCAGGCUGUAUAUUAUACAUACAAUCUUAGCUAAGCUAGCUCCACUACCUGUUUUAUUUCGUUUGGUUUGGGAUUUUGAAUUUAUUUGUAAGUAGGUUUUAAUUGCAAGCUGAGGGUCAAACUCUCUCGAGUAUUAUUAACUAAACACAAGCUAGGCAUUUCUUUAAUUGCGCGCAUUUUUAUCGGGA